UGCAAACAAAUGAUGCUAGACUUUUUCUCAGAACUACCUACACUUUUUGAAGUUCACAAAGAUGUCGUGCAGGCAUCCACAGAUGCAGUUUGUCACAUUAACUAUGAACAUGAUCCACUAACCUUUAAAAAUCAUAAAGUGUCAGAAUACUUCGAAUUCUGAAUAGCCUAUCUAUUGUUUUGUUGUUAAAACCUAACAAACUUGCUUUAAAAGUGAGCUUGUGCUGUUCUUUAAAAUAAAUGCCACUCUGAAUUAUAUUUUGAUAUACUUUGCCAAGAAAUUCAUACAUUAUUAAUUGUGGCUUAUGUGAACUAAUGUAUUCUGUGGCAACUCUGUAUUUUUCAUGGCUGUUUGAUGGUCAUGAAUUUUAAUGAACAUCGUUUAUUAUUAUUAUUAUUAUUAUUAAUUUCACUCCUGUACACAUGGACCUGGGUUUUUUCCAGAGAGCCUCGGGACAGAAUUCCCAGCAAAAGUUAACAGGCAUAUUCCAAGUCCAAACUGAAUGAAAUUCUCAUGUCAUGUUGUGUUCUCUACUAGUCGUUCAACCAUCCCCCUCCUUUUCCAGACUCCCUCCCUCCCUCUCUCUCUCUGUCUCUCUCUCUCUCUCUCUCUCUCUCUCUCAAUCUCAAAGACCUGCCUAUUUCCCUUUCUUUCAUAUUCACUGCUCUCCAGAGCUCCAUUCUGACUGGUCUGUGUCUGUCAAUGUCUCCUGCCUUCUCCAUGUCACAUUCCAGCUUCCAGGGCACAGCGUCCUCCUGACAUGGGUUAUAAAGAGAAGCACAGCUCCAGUAUGCAUCUGCACAUGGCGUUAUAAUCACCUUCUACCUCCAGUGACUUCUUUUGAACAGUUUUGAAUAGGUAAACAGACUCUCUAGGACAACUUACCUUUCUAUUUUCUUCCUUCCUCUGAGUUUUUUGGACUUGUAUGCAAUCUCACUUACACAGACAGCUCACUCACAAACAGUGGAAAACUCAAGCAAAACAGUCUAUUACGGCUUCAGCUCAGAUGUGUGUGCUUGGACAAGAGAAAGGACAGAAUACAUUGGUGUGAGAUCGCAUAAAUGAACCACUAUGUGUCAGCACACUCCAGUUACACACAAUAAGUGAUCCAGAGAGCAUCUGUGGAUGAAAUGUUUACAGCUUUACUCAAUGAAAGGCAAGCCACACCUGAGGAGAUGGCUUUAGUAAGCAAUGCAUUGGCUGCUUACUCCUUCAUAGCAGAUAACCCGGAACGGGCGGCCCUGUAUUUUGUGUGUGGGGUGUGUUUGGGACUGGUUCUCACUCUCAUCGCGUUAGUGGUGCAGAUUUCCUGUCGAACCGACUGCAAAACCCAACAAGCGCCCAAGAAAACAGGAAAGACUUUGGAGACCACUAGCGAGACGAGCGACAGCGACUCGGACUGGGACAAUACCUCCGACCUGUCGGCACGCCGCCACCGGCGCUUCGAACGGACGCUCGGUAACGUGUUCACCUCCGCGGAAGAGCUGGAGCGCGCGCAGCGACUGGAGGAACGCGAGCGGAUUAUACGGGAGAUCUGGAUGAACGGACAGCCGGACAUACCGGGCACGCGCAGCCUGAACCGAUACUAUUGAAGUUUUUGAAAGAAUGAGACGGAAGUUUUGAGGAAAUAUUAAACUAUACAGUUUUGGGAUACAGUAAGGGACUGAAAUAUGAGAAAAGCAAACACUUACGAAACGUUUCGGAACAUCUCUUCUGGUGGCACUGGCACUACUAGUCAAGAAUUUGUGUUUUUUGAAGGUGCACUCGGUAUAUAUUUUUUGUUUAUGUUGCGCCGAUAGUCGUGUUAAACGUAUGGGCGGCUCGCAACCAACUGAAAAAACAAU